CUGUGUUAACUCUUUCACUCUUAUGUAUAUGCGCUGGUGUGUUUUUGGUUGACUCCCCAACAGGUUACCACAAUUUCAACUUCGCAACAUGCUCUUGUUUUCUGUUCAGCUCCUUUUUUCAAGGUGUGUAAGUGUGCCACGUGUUGUCGUUUACAUUUAGUCUACUUUGAGAACAAGUUUCUGUUACUAAUUAUAAUCUUACCUAAUUUUCAAAUCGCUAUUUAGGCUACGGAUAUCUCAAUGCGUCGGCGUCUGUCUACACCCAAAGCUAGUCCAUUGUUGCUAAAACGUACCUCGUCCGAUAAGCCGAAAAAGGAAUCACCACUUGCGAAACCUGAAAAAGUCAGCUGGUUCAAGUCGUUGGAUAGGCGUUCGAAGAGCAAAUCAAAGGAAAAGCUCGACGUUUCGGUUAAUGGCCAAAGCGAAUCCUCCACUAUGAAGCGUACUAAAAAUUCUGUAAGAACUACCUCAGCGCCACCACCAAUUCCACCAAAAAAUUUGCGUUUCUUCGGUGAUACAGAUCUCGAUUCGAAUCCGCCAACCAUAACCAAAGCUAAUACCACUCUCAAAACAAGACCCUUAGUACCAUCCACACUUAACCGGACGCAAAAGUACUCGCAAAGCGCUUACCAUUUGGACCGCCUCAAUACCAACCCACAGCAAAACGAUUACCGUAGAACCCUCUCGUCCGCCACGCAGACUGUUGGUGUUGGUGGCUCGCGACUCAAAAGUUCUUCAAUGCAUAAUUUGGAAAAUGGCGGUGUGGGUGGCGAUGAAGUCGAUUUUCGUAAACGUCGGCACUACUCACGCUCACGUGAUUUAGAUGACAUCUCAGAGAGUGGCUCUGAAACCGAGGACCAAAAUAAGCGCCCAAAUGGCGGGGUGAGUGGGUCUCGCACCCUAUCACGCGAGCGCUUGGAUCGUUCACAUCGGUAUGACGACCACACCUAUCGACGCAGCAGCGAUCGCCACAGCACACCUUUGGCCAUGACUACUUCUACGCCGAAUGGUAUUGCUGCAGGUGGAAAUGAAAGAGACAUGCGGCAAACUCAAAAUCAUCUGAUGGCGCCUCCGAAGCCUGCGCGCAGUGCCGAGCGUCGUGUGGCGUCUUCUUUAUCGAGAGAACGUGAUCACUUUCCGGCAGAGAGUUCGGGUACUGAAGGGGAGUCCAGUUUACAAAGUCAGCGCAGCGUUGUCUACCUGCACGCUACGACAGUUGGUGCCAUACCACAGCCAUAUCAUUUGAGACGUCGUUCCAUAUCCCGAGACGACCUUCGUUCGAACAAGGGGAAACCACAACCAUUACAGCCGAUGACACGCACUGUCUCUCGAUCGGUGUCGAUGUUGGCUCCAUGGAAGCCGAAACUAAUCAGCGAAGGAUACGAGAUCAACUACUCCCAAGAGCAAAAUAAACGAAUGGCAACGAUGCCUCGAAAGCCACACAUGGGUAGUUCAAGUACUCUCACACGUCCAAGCAAGAAAUCAGAAACGCCUACCGCUCGAACAUUGCGGCGGCAUGAUCACCUGAAAGACGAUCAGUCAUCGUUUAGGCACUCAUCCACUACAAGUGCCUCUAAGUCCGCACUUUCGUCGAAUUUACGCAGCGGCGAUGGACGAAGGAAGAUCAAAUAAACUAGUGUAAACUUGGCCCACAGAGAGAGUACUAGAGGGCGAUGGAAUUUUAACCAAACUAUAAUUGUUUAACUGCAGGAAAUAUUUUAGCUUUGAGUUGAAACAUUGCUUGCAUUCUAUGGAAUGUAAGGGGGUUAAAGAGAAAAAGCUCGCUAAGUGCGUCGACCGCAGAAACUGGUGCUCUUCAUAUAACAAAAGCAAGGCGCAUGUCAGAGAGCGAAAAAGCGUGAAACGGCCGUGCCAAAUAUACAUACAUACGUGCACAGAUACAUAUGUAUUUACUAAAAAGACGCAUAAUUAUAUCCUUAUGGUAUAAGAUAAUCGAAAAGCCCUUUCUAAACCCUAAUCUUUAUGCUUAAUAACGAAAGCUUCACAGUCAGUGCGAAAGUUAAUUUCACACAAUUGUUCAUAUUAUACAUACAUAAAUACUUAAGUAUAAAACUGAGACAUAGGCACUUCUCGUCAAUACUUACAUGCCGUUAAAGUUUCAAAGUUCGAUAUGUAUCGGCGAAAGAAUGCAAAUGCGUUUAUCGAAUGUAUGUAUGUAUGUAUUAAUAUUUAGCUAAACAUCAAGCUAACUUAAUUAAUGAUUUAUUUAAAAUUUAAGUGCCAGUUAAAAUUAAAACAAGAAAAUAUAACUACUAAUAAGCAAAACGUAUCUACAUAUAUAAUACGAGCCUAAAACAUUUACAUAAUUCACAUUCCAUUUUUGGAGUAUUGUAAACUGUAAAAUUUUUCAAAAAUAAAGAGAGAGUAAUUAAAAAAAAU